CGGGAGCGGUGCGCGCGCCUAGCUGGCGGGACCGUUAGCUCCGGGCAGACUCGGCCCGGGCCCCGUGGGGAUGGAGCAGUCGCUGCCGCUAGCGCCCGAGCCGAUCUCGGGGUCGACCCCGGCGCGGAGCCGCAGGCGGCGGGAGCCCGAGUCUCCGCCGGCGUCGGCUCCGAUCGCUCUCUUUGGUGCCAAGACUAUUGGCCGAAGUCCUGAUGAACCAGUACUGAGCAAAGCUGAAUUUGUUGAGAAAGUUCGUCAGAGUAACCAGGCCUGUCAUGAUGGAGAUUUCCACACAGCUAUUGUUCUGUAUAAUGAAGCCCUGGCUGUUGACCCUCAGAACUGCAUCUUGUACAGCAAUAGAUCUGCAGCCUACAUGAAAAUCCAGCAGUAUGACAAAGCACUGGAUGAUGCAAUCAAAGCCCGCCUUCUCAAUCCCAAAUGGCCAAAGGCAUACUUCCGACAGGGUGUUGCCCUCCAGUACCUUGGACGUCAUGCAGAUGCCCUGGCAGCAUUUGCAUCUGGACUGGCUCAAGACCCCAAGAGUCUCCAGCUUCUGGUGGGGAUGGUAGAGGCUGCCAUGAAAUCUCCCAUGAGAGACUCCCUCGAGCCCACUUAUCAGCAACUUCAGAAAAUGAAAUUGGACAAGAGUCCCUUUGUGGUCGUGUCUGUGGUUGGGCAGGAACUUCUGACAGCUGGCCACCAUGGAGCCUCUGUGGUUGUCUUGGAAGCUGCUCUGAAGAUUGGCACCUGCAGCCUCAAACUGAGAGGUUCUGUGUUUUCUGCCCUGAGCAGUGCUUACUGGUCUCUCGGAAACACAGAGAAGAGCACUGGAUAUAUGCAGCAGGACUUGGAUGUAGCCAAGACCUUAGGUGACCAGACAGGAGAAUGCCGAGCUCAUGGGAAUCUGGGUUCUGCAUUCUUCUCCAAAGGAAAUUACCGGGAGGCUCUCACCAACCACAGACAUCAGCUGGUGCUCGCCAUGAAACUCAAGGAUCGGGAGGCAGCUUCAUCAGCCCUGAGCAGUCUGGGUCACGUGUACACAGCGAUUGGAGACUAUCCCAAUGCACUGGCCAGUCACAAGCAGUGUGUUCUUCUCGCCAAGCAAUCCAAAGAUGAACUUUCUGAAGCCCGAGAACUUGGCAACAUGGGUGCAGUGUACAUUGCCAUGGGCGACUUUGAGAAUGCUGUGCAGUGCCAUGAGCAGCACCUGAAGAUAGCCAAGGACCUGGGAAACAAGCGAGAGGAGGCCCGGGCCUACAGCAACCUAGGCAGCGCCUACCACUACCGGAGGAACUUUGACAAGGCCAUGUCUUACCACAACUACGUGCUGGAGCUGGCACAGGAGCUCCUGGAGAAGGCCAUUGAGAUGCGGGCCUAUGCUGGCCUCGGCCAUGCCGCCAGGUGCAUGCAGGAUUUGGAGAGGGCCAAGCAGUACCAUGAGCAGCAGCUGGGCAUUGCCGAGGACCUCAAGGACCGGGCUGCCGAGGGGCGCGCAUCCUCCAACCUGGGAAUCAUACACCAGAUGAAAGGUGAUUAUGACACUGCGCUGAAACUCCACAAGACCCACCUGUGCAUUGCCCAGGAACUGAGUGACUAUGCUGCUCAGGGCCGGGCCUACGGGAACAUGGGCAAUGCCUACAACGCUCUGGGCAUGUAUGACCAGGCAGUCAAGUACCACCGACAGGAGCUGCAGAUCUCCAUGGAGGUUAACGACCGCGCCUCACAGGCAUCCACACACGGAAACCUUGCAGUGGCAUACCAAGCCCUAGGUGCCCAUGACCGGGCCUUGCAGCACUAUCAGAACCACUUGAACAUUGCCCGGGAGCUUCGAGACAUCCAGAGCGAGGCUCGGGCCCUCAGCAACCUCGGAAAUUUCCACUGCUCUAGGGGAGAGUAUGACCAGGCUGCUCCCUAUUACGAACAGUAUCUCCAGCUUGCUCCUGAUCUUCAAGACAUGGAAGGAGAAGGGAAGGUCUGCCACAAUCUUGGUUAUGCCCACUAUUGCCUUGGAAAUUACCAGGAGGCAGUGAAGUACUAUGAGCAGGAUCUGGCCCUGGCCAAAGACCUUCAUGAUAAAUUGAGCCAAGCAAAAGCCUAUUGCAACUUGGGCCUAGCAUUCAAGGCUCUGCUGAAUUUCAGCAAGGCUGAAGAGUGUCAGAAAUACCUAUUAUCCCUAGCCCAGUCCCUGAAUAAUUCCCAGGCUAAAUUUCGAGCCCUAGGGAACUUGGGUGAUAUAUUCAUCUGUAAAAAAGAUAUAAAUGGUGCAAUAAAAUUCUAUGAGCAGCAGCUGGGCUUAGCUCACCACGUUAAGGACAGAAGACUGGAGGCCAGUGCAUAUGCAGCACUGGGCACUGCAUACCGAAUGAUCCAGAAGUAUGACAAGGCCUUGGGUUAUCACACACAAGAACUGGAGGUAUAUCAGGAGCUGAGCGACUUGCCAGGCGAGUGCAGAGCUCAUGGGCACCUGGCUGCUGUGUACAUGGCCCUGGGGAAAUACACAAUGGCAUUCAAGUGCUAUGAAGAGCAGCUGGACCUGGGGCAGAAGCUGAAGGAUCCAAGUCUAGAAGCACAGGUCUAUGGCAACAUGGGUAUCACAAAGAUGAACAUGAACGUGAUGGAAGAAGCCAUUGGCUAUUUUGAGCAGCAGCUGGCCAUGCUGCAGCAGCUCAGUGGGAACGAGUCAGUGCUUGACAGAGGCCGGGCGUAUGGCAACCUUGGGGAUUGUUAUGAGGCCCUGGGUGACUAUGAGGAAGCUAUCAAAUACUAUGAGCAGUAUCUAUCUGUUGCCCAGAGUCUGAAUCGUAUGCAAGACCAAGCCAAGGCUUACCGGGGUCUAGGAAAUGGACACAGGGCAAUGGGGAGCUUGCAGCAAGCCCUUGUGUGCUUUGAAAAGAGGCUUGUGGUCACCCAUGAGCUUGGAGAGGCCUUCAAUAAAGCCCAGGCCUAUGGAGAGCUGGGAAGUCUGCACAGCCAAUUAGGGAAUUAUGAACAAGCCAUUUCCUGCCUUGAACGCCAGCUGAACAUAGCUAGAGAGAUGAAAGACCGAGCCCUGGAGAGUGAUGCAGCCUGUGGCCUGGGGGGCGUCUACCAGCAGAUGGGCGAGUAUGAUACAGCCCUGCAGUACCACCAGCUUGAUCUGCAGAUAGCUGAGGAGACCAACAACCCCACAUGCCAGGGGCGGGCCUAUGGGAACCUGGGCCUGACAUAUGAGUCCCUGGGCACCUUUGAAAGGGCUGUGGUCUAUCAAGAACAGCACUUGAGCAUCGCUGCACAGAUGAACGACUUAGUGGCCAAGACAGUGUCCUAUAGUAGCCUUGGAAGGACUCACCAUGCCUUGCAGAACUAUUCCCAGGCGGUCAUGUACUUACAGGAAGGAUUAAGGCUAGCUGAGCAGCUAGGCCGAAGAGAAGAUGAAGCAAAAAUUCGCCAUGGGCUUGGCCUGUCCCUUUGGGCAAGUGGGAACCUGGAGGAGGCCCAGCACCAGCUCUACAGGGCAUCAGCCUUGUUUGAAACAAUCCGGCACGAGGUACAACUGAGCACAGACUACAAACUCUCCCUCUUUGACCUGCAGACCUCAUCCUACCAGGCCUUGCAGCGGGUGCUUGUCAGCCUGGGUCACCUUGAUGAAGCCCUGGCUGUGGCAGAAAGAGGUCGGACAAGGGCAUUCGCAGACCUGCUGGUGGAACGACAAACAGGACAACAGGACUCGGACCCCUACUCCCCAGUGACCAUUGAUCAGAUCUUAGAGAUGGUUAAUGGGCAGCGAGGACUCGUGCUUUACUAUUCCUUGGCUGCAGGAUACCUGUAUAGCUGGCUGCUGGCUCCUGGGGCAGGCAUCCUGAAGUUCCAUGAGUACUACCUGGGUGACAGUGCAGUGGAGAGCUCCGGUGACUUCCAGGCUGGGAGCAGUGCCAUGCUGCCAACAGCAACCAGCUCAGUCCUGGAGCAGCACAUCGCCAGUGUGCGCGAGGCCCUGGGUGUGGAGUCUUACUAUACCAGGGCCUGUGCCAGCAGUGAGACCGAGAGUGAAGCCGGAGACAUCAUGGACCAGCAGUUUGAAGAGAUGAACAACAAACUCAACUCUGUCACUGAUCCCACUGGCUUUCUGCGGAUGGUUCGCCGCAAUAACCUCUUUAACAGGAGCUGCCAGAGCAUGACAAGCUUGUUCAGUAACACCAUGUCACCCAUCAAGGACGGGACCUCAUCUCUUCCCCGGAGGCAGAGUUCCUUCGCCAAGCCCCCGCUCCGUGCUCUGUACGACCUGCUCAUCGCGCCCAUGGAAGGGGGCCUGAUGCACUCCAGUGGCCCUGUGGGCCGGCACCGGCAACUGGUCUUGGUUCUGGAGGGGGAACUCUACCUCAUCCCCUUUGCCCUCCUGAAGGGCAGCUCCUCCAACGAGUACCUGUAUGAACGCUUCACCCUCAUCGCCGUGCCUGCUAUUCGCUCACUUGGCCCAUACUCCAAGGGUCACCUGAGGAAGAACCCACCCACAUACUCCAGCUCUAUGUCCAUGGCAGCUGUCAUCGGCAACCCCAAGCUCCCAUCAUCAGUGAUGGACAGGUGGCUGUGGGGCCCCAUGCCAUCGGCUGAGGAGGAGGCCUAUAUGGUGUCUGAGCUGCUGGGCUGCCAGCCCUUGGUGGGCAGUGUGGCCACCAAGGAGAGGGUCAUGAGUGCCCUGACCCAGGCUGAGUGUGUCCACUUUGCCACCCAUAUCUCCUGGAAGUUGUCAGCCUUGGUCCUCACACCCAGUGUGGAUGGCAACCCUGCCAGUAGCAAGAGCUCCUUCGGCCACCCUUACACAAUACCUGAGUCCCUGCGGGUACAGGAUGAUGCCAGCGAUGGCGAAAGCAUCUCAGACUGCCCGCCUCUGCGGGAGCUGCUGCUCACAGCUGCUGACCUCCUGGACCUGCGGCUGCCUGUGAAGCUCGUGGUACUUGGCUCCUCCCAGGAGGCCAACAGCCGGGUCACUGCUGACGGGGUAGUGGCUCUCACACGAGCCUUUCUGGCUGCUGGUGCACAGUGUGUCCUUGUGUCUCUGUGGCCAGUACCAGUGGCAGCUUCCAAGAUGUUCAUCCAUGCUUUCUACUCGUCCCUGCUGAAUGGCCUGAAGGCCAGUGCUGCCCUGGGAGAGGCCAUGAAAGUGGUGCAGAGCAGCAAGGCCUUCUCGCACCCCUCCAACUGGGCAGGUUUCCUUCUCAUUGGAAGUGAUGUGAAGCUGAACAGUCCCUCCUCACUCAUCGGCCAGGCCCUCGCGGAGAUCCUGCAGCACCCAGAGCAUGCACGGGAUGCCUUGAGAGUGCUGCUGCACCUGGUGGAGAAAUCCCUGCAGCGCAUCCAGAAUGGGCAGCGCAAUGCGAUGUACACCUCCCAGCAGAGUGUGGAGAACAAAGUGGGCGGCAUCCCCGGCUGGCAGGCCCUUCUCACUGCUGUGGGCUUCCGGCUGGAUCCCCCAGCCAGCGGCCUGCCAGCAGCUGUCUUCUUCCCAACUUCCGACCCAGGCGACCGGCUCCAGCAGUGCAGCAGCACACUCCAGUCCCUGCUGGGUCUGCCCAACCCUGCCCUUCAGGCCCUGUGCAAACUCAUCACUGCUUCUGAGACAGGCGAGCAGCUCAUCAGCCGGCUCCACCAGGUGCUGGUCCAGCUGCAGGCUGGUGAGAAGGAGCAGGACUUCGCCUCGGCUCCCAUUCAGGUCUCCAUCAGCGUCCAGCUGUGGCGGCUCCCGGGGUGCCACGAGUUCCUGGCAGCUCUCGGUUUUGAUCUCUGCGAGGUGGGUCAGGAGGAAGUUAUCCUGAAAACUGGGAAACAAGCGAGUCGGCGCACCAUGCACUUUGCGUUGCAGUCCCUGCUGUCUCUCUUCGAUUCCACAGAGCUCCCCAAGCGCCUCAGCCUAGACAGCUCGUCCUCCCUGGAGUCUCUGGCCUCAGCCCAGUCUGUCUCGAAUGCUCUGCCCCUGGGCUACCAGCACCCACCCUUUUCACCCACUGGGGCCGAAAGCAUUGCCUCUGAUGCCAUCUCCGUGUACAGUCUGAGCUCCAUCGCCUCCUCCAUGAGCUUCAUCUCCAAGCCCGAGGUGGGGUCAGAAGCUGGGGGCCCCAGGGGACGGCAGGACUCCGACAGAUCCAAGAAUACCUACACCCAGCGAUCUACCCUGCCUCGGAGCCAGCUGUCCCCACAGAGCCGUCCCGCUGACAGCAAAGAAGAGGAGGAAUACGAGGGCUUCUCCAUCAUCAGCACAGAGCCCCUGGCAGCCUACCAGGAGAGCAAAAAGACAUGCUUCUCCCCAGACCACAGGCAGCCCCGCGCUGGGGCGGCUGCAGGCGGGAAGGUUUCGGUCAGCUCCAAGGGCAGCGUGAGCACUCCAAACUCCCCGGUGAAGAUGACUCUGAUCCCCAGCCCAAACUCGCCCUUCCAAAAGGUAGGGAAGCUAGCAAGCUCAGACACAGGCGAGUCAGACCAGUCCAGCACUGAGACAGACAGCACAGUGAAGUCCCAAGAAGAAAGCAACCCAAAACUAGAUCCCCAGGAGUUGGCCCAGAAAAUCCUAGAGGAGACCCAAAGUCACCUGAUUGCAGUGGAGCGUCUUCAGAGGAGUGGCAGUCAGGUGGGCAAGAGUCACAACCGGGAAGAUGGUGUAUCCGUGCCAAGCAACAGCGCCACUGUCUUCAGGGCGUCAGAAACAAGCGCCUUCAGCAGGCCAGUGCUAUCCCAUCAGAAGAGCCAGCCAUCCCCUGUCACUGUCAAACCAAAGCCCCCAGCCAGGAGCUCAUCCCUGCCCAAGGUGAGCUCUGGGUAUAGCAGCCCUACCACUUCAGAGGCGUCCCUCAAAGACAGCCCAAGCCAGCACAGUGGCCGCCCGUCCCCCAGCUGUGACUCGCAGGCCUCCCUGUCUGAUCAGCCGCUCUUUAAACUGAAGUACCCUAGCUCUCCUUACAGUGCGCACAUUUCCAAGUCACCACGGAACAUGUCACCAAGCUCAGGCCACCAAUCCCCUGCUGGAAGUGCCCCAUCCCCCGCACUCUCCUACUCUUCCACGGGCUCUGCGCGCUCCAGCCCAGCUGAUGCUCCUGAUCUGGACAAGCUGAAGCUGGCAGCCAUCGACGAGAAGGUGCAGGCCGUGCACAACCUGAAGAUGUUCUGGCAGAGCGCAGCCCCACAUCCUACAGGUCCUGUGAAAGCAGCGCGCGGGCCGCCGGGAACCAUGACCUCCAAGAGAGAUGUGCUCAGCCUGCUAAACCUGUCACCUCGGCACAACAAGAAGGAGGAAGAGGCAGAUAAGCUGGAACUUCAGGAGCUGUCUCUGCAGAGGCGCGACGAGGUGCCCCCCAGAGCACCCCCCAAUGGCCACUGGCGCACCGAGACUACAGCGCUAGGCCCGCUGCUGCCCACUGGCCCUCUCCCCCCAGCACCCGAACGCCCCCUAAGACUCCCUUCAGCUAAUGGCUACAAGUUCCUCUCCCCAGGAAGGUUCUUCCCUUCUUCCAAAUGCUAAAGCAUCUUCGUGCCCACUGACUCUGCACACAGCAGCAUGCACAGGGUCCUGAGGUCCCUCGGGCUGUCCCCUCGCCUGGAGCAGUCACCCCACACAGCCACCAGCACCACCUCACCAGGGUGGGCUCUCUGGGCGUGGGGACUUCCCAGCCCCACAGCCGCCGCACGCCACCAUGCUGCUGCUCUGGGCCAGGUUCGCCCACAGCCAGGACUUCUGGUCGGUGCAGGAGGCUCAUGGCGUUUUCUACACUCUCCACCAAAUGUUUACCUGGAACUCCCUGUUUCUCAUCUUUGACGUGAUUCUUCAACAGGAUUUUGUACAAAAAUGGUCAUGGUUCUGGGGUGGGAGAGGAAAGGGAGCACAUAUUUUGCUAAGAGGUCUAUAUGCAGUACCUUUUAUACACAGAAGUACAAAUAGAGCUUUUCUAAGGCCUUCAGAUGCUGGCUGGGGCGGGAUAGAAAAUUUAAGUUGAAUUCUACAUGCAAAUGUUAUAUUAGCCAAAAACAGAAUAAUGGUUUUUAAAAUGCCAAUGAUUUAUAAUUAAAUGGUAGCAAUUUUGGUCUCACGAUAUUCAGCAUCCCAGCAACAAUGCAAUAACUCACACUGAAACGGUGCUUCCAGCCUGAACUGCUCUGCUCCGUGAAGCUCUGGGCCCUGCGAUCAGCCAAACUUGAAUUUUCUUAAAAAGUUUAUGUAACUCUUAUCCAGGCAUUUUAGAACUAUGCAAUUGUGAUUCAAAAUGCAACUUUGUGCUUUUAAAACAUUACCGACCUUUUUUGUACAUGGAUAAACAGCUUGGUUUUCUUAUCAAUAGGACUUUGCAUUUAUAGCCAUUAUUUUUAAAAGCUCAGAAAGUUUUCUAAAAUAUCAAAUUUUGAAUAGUCAUACACCAUAAGCAAUUAUUAAGCUUGGGGGGAAAAAAGUUAAAAUUAUUCAGUUUGCUUACUAAGGAAAAAAUGUUUUAAAAAAUUGAAAAGUUAAAAAAAAAAAAAAAAAAGAAUCCUCUGGCUAACUAGAUUGAACCAGAACUCUCCUUCCAUCUCCCUUUCCCUUGUACUAGCUGCUUAACUGUAUUCUCUUUCCCCAGCUCAAGGCCCUGUAAACCUCUGCUAUCUCAGUCCGUUGCCAGCUUCCCGUAGUCCCAGGGCCUAUCCCUCCGCAAGCUGCCUCAGCUGCUGCAGAAGACCCCUGCCUGUCCCCUAAGGAGCAGGGCACCUUUGGCUGGCACGUCCACCCGAAUUAGUGCUAAACAGAGAAAUCAAUAGGAACCAUAGAAAAUGAAGGUGGGCAUUUCCUCCAACUGAGAGGGUGUACUGAAGGACCAGCUUGGACCAGACAAGGGAGUAGUUUUUAGGUAGGGGUAACCAUUAAUUUAUUUAAAGUAAAGAAAUGGAAUGUUGAAAAUCAUACUAGUACUAAGCUUAGCUGGAGAAUUCGUUCUCCAGCUACACUUCACGCUCUCAUUCUCCAGUCUUACUUUGAGGGGUUGUCAUAUAAGGGUGCACAACCACCAGGCCCAGGACAUCAGCAGCGCACAGAGGGGACAUAAGGGCCUGGCAGCAGGGACAUGAACAUGAAGACACCCAGGUGCAGUCUGAACCUCAGGCGGGUUCCACUUUGUAAGUGUAUACUACUCACUUCACCUGUUCCUUAACAUACUCUUCUGAAAAAGGGAUAGUAUCCACAGUUCAUGGUAUUCUCGUGAGCUGUAUCAGAGGGUUUUGCAUCUAACCCAACAAUCAUGUUCACAAACAAUUAGGAUGGCACAUUCUAACCCUGACCCCAACACUGGAAGAGAUAAAGUUUAUAAAAGUAUUAAGCAAUUCUGAAGAUGUCUUUAUGUUAGGAAAAAAUAGUAAUCAAAGGACCAGUGUAGCAAAGAAAAGCCAAAUUUAUAGCACUGUGCAUUUAAAUAAUGAAACCAGGUCCUUAAAAACAAAGAACACACCUCAAAGCAAACAUCUAACCAACACGUGGGUGGCGAGGUGUCCCUUCCUCAGCACAUCUCCCCAGCUCUUUCCCAAGUGCCCAGGAGCCUGUAGGGAAGCCCCAGCCCUGUGCCCCCUCUUUGAGCACUGCCUCAUUUGCCCACCCCCAGCAAAUCCCUCCACCCCAGCCCACUUCCUGUGGUGAUCAAGCCUACUAGGAAGACUUAUGGACUCUUGGCUUUAGUCCCAACUACAUUAGUGCUUGAGGUUUCAUCCUCCAGCCAAACAGAAUGUUUUUUCAUUGUCCUAGACGUUAAGUUCCAGUGAAGGAAAACAAAGUUGAUCAAAUGAUGGGAUCAAUCUGAAGAUCACCAGAAUCAUUGUUUCUGUUUACUGUCUGUCAGUCUUGGUGUUUCUGUAAGAGUGAAAUGUAUAUAAAAAUCCCAAAAUCAAAGUGAGUUUUCAGGCUACGCUAAAAAAAUUAUGCACUUAAAAUUUUGCAAGAUUGUAUAAUUCACACAGAUUUCUUUGUAUAGAUCAGGGGUUGGCAACUAUGAUCCAUAUGCUAAAGCUGGUAAGCCAUCUGCUUUUUAUGGCCAUAAGCUUAGAUUUUAUCCCUUUAAAUGAUUAUGGAAGUACCUACAUAAUAGUCUUGAUUUUGCCUGUUGGCCCACAAAAGCUAAAGUAAUGGAAUAUAUACCUUUUUUUUUAUUCUUUUUGGUGGUACCGAGGAAGGAGCUCAGGGCCUCAUGCAU